CCCAGUCUCCCGACUUCCGCUUCCGUUUUGGGGCUCCGCCUGGCUGCCUUCACUAUGGAAGAACCAGAGAUGCUCCUGAAGGGAAAGAAAGUAACAGACAAGUUCACCGAAAGUGUCUAUGUCCUGGCCAACGAGCCGUCAGUGGCCCUGUACCGGCUACAGGAACAUGUGCGCCGCUCACUGCCGGAGCUGGCCCAGCACAAGGCUGACAUGCAGAGAUGGGAGGAGCAGAGCCAGGGUGCUAUAUACACCGUGGAGUAUGCCUGCAGUGCUGUGAAGAGCCUGAUGGACAGCAGUGUGUACUUCCGUAGUGUCGAAGGCCUGCUCAAACAGGCCAUCAGUAUCCGGGACCACAUGAACAACAGCGCCCAGGGCCACAGCCAGGAGAAACCAUCCCCUCCUACUGUGGCCUGACCCUGACCAUGCAAAACUCUCAGGGCCACCAGCUGCCCACCCAGGAGAUGGGCAGUUUUUCACUUGAGGAGCAUCUGGAAGGGCUCCCAGGUGUGCACUGAUCCUGUCGGCACUGGUGCACGCCUGGGCACCGGAGUCAUGUGUCUCCUGCUCUGCUCACCUCGUGGCAUCCUGGGCUCUGGAUCCCAACUUCAUCUCUUCAGACUUCUUCACCUCCCUGGGAUCCGCAGCCCUCUGAGUUCCAAAGCCUCUCCUGGGUUACCAGUGGCCUUCAUGGGUUCAGAUCCUCGCAGCCUGUCCAGACCCAAGAUCCUCAGCACAAUCUCUUAUACAAGAGGAAACUGGCUUGGUGGUGGGAUAGCCCGCCCCAGGCACUUGCCCCCACUCGAACCCUGAUGGGUUCGAUGAGUUCGAGUCCUGGCCUUCCCACCCUUAGCUCCCCCACCCCCUUUCCAGUCCUUGCAGAAGCAGACCCCUGGACAUCACACUGAGAACUCAACAGGAACUCCUGGCUCAGCCGUAAUUGCUCCCCUUGGCCAUGAACCAGGCUCACUAUUCCAGUUGCACCCCAGGGCAGUCUUGGUGCGCAUACAUGAAUGUUCAGAAGUUGUUCUUCCAUGCUGGGGUCACAUAGCUGAAGACCAGACAGACCCUGACCCUGCUUCUGACAAGUGAUGCAGGACUGGGUGCUGGCUUCUCUGAGAUCGAGGUGAACACAUCUCCCUGUCUGAUCUCUUAGGAGCCACUGGAUAACUGUCUCCCACCUCUAUCCAGGGCAGGACCUGAGUCCCUGGCUUGGCCACUAGCUCCCAUCUCCUGGGUCCUGAUGGGGCAGGUUCCAUGUCUGUCCUACAACCAGGCCCUAGGUUCCCCCAAAUCAUAUACACACACCAAACAAGCUAACAAAAAAACCCCCACAAACUCCAACCGAAAAAAUUGCCAAAGUUGUAGCAAGUGAAACAGGAGCAUGUUAUCACAGCUCUGCUCAUGCAAGACAUGGUAAGCCAUGUACAGGAGGGCUGGGGAGAGGGCCCAAGACAUGGUAGCCAUGUACAGGAGGACUGGGGAGAGGGCCCAAGACUUGGUAAGCUAUGUACAGGAGGGGCUGGGGAGAGGGCCCAAGACUUGGUAAGCUAUGUACAGGAGGGGCUGGGGAGAGGGCCCAAGACUUGGUAAGCUAUGUACAGGAGGGGCUGGGGAGAGGGCCCAAGACUUGGUAAACCAUGUACAGGAGGGGCUGGGGAGAGGGCCCAAGACUUGGUAAACCAUGUACAGGAGGGCUGGGGAGAGGGCUCAAGACAUGGUAAGCCAUGUACAGGAGGGCUGGGGAGAGGGCUCGGUCAGUUAACUACUUGCCUCACAGCUGUGAGAACCUGAGUUCAGCCACCAGAACCCACAUCAGAAAAGCCAGGCAUGUCGCCAAAGCUAGUAACCCCAACACCCACACAAUUGUGCUUCCAUAGAUACACGCAUGUAAAUAGGUAGUAAAUAUAAAAGGUACCCCAGGAUUCGGCCACAGAAACACUGGUGCACUGAACUUUAGGAGGCAGGCCUCCAGGGCUCCUUACCACCCCAGCCCUUGGGUGCCCCCUCAGCUGGCAGCUGUUAUCUUUCAGAGGUCUCAGCAGGACUCUGGUCUGCCCCCCACCUCAACACCUGUUGCCCAGGCCUCCCAGGGCCACAGUUACUUUACAUCUCAUUUGCGUCUCCCCCAAGAGCAGACAUUGGUCUGGGUGCACAGCCCUGCCCACACAAACCUGACAGAGGCUUCUGGUCCUUUGAGAGUGAACUGAGCUUCCAGGGGACCAGGGCCCUCAUCAAGCCGUACAUCUGUCCCCACACUGCUCCAACCAAAAUUCACUCAGUAACUUGGAGACAGAAGGUGAUCUUCCUGUGCCAUGGGGCAUCCAAGAAACCAGCCAGCCACCUGACUAGGAAUAGCCUGGCAGGGUCUGACCUUGAAUGGGCUCCCCCAGAUCCACCAGGGCUGGAAAGGGACUCACAGUGGCCUGUGCUUAGGACUUGUAAAACUGACAUUUAUUUUACUGGGGGGGGGGGCACGGUGUCACGGCACGUGUAAAUGUGGAGAUCAGAGGACACGGGGAUCAAACGCACUUUACCCACCGAACAUCUCACAGAUCUUGAAUUUAUUUCCUUUUAGACAGGUUCUUGUCAUGUAACAUAGGUUAGCCAUGAGUUUAAGUCCAUGUUCCUUGCCCAGUGGUGGUAGCACACGCCUUUUUAAUCCCAGCAUUCGGGAGGCAGAGACAGGCCAACCUGGUGUACAGAGUGAGUUCCAGGACAGGCU